UAAUGAGAAUAAUUAUUUACGGAAGAUAUGCUAGAAUUGAGCCAAGCCUUUUGUGGAUUCUGAUAUAGACCUCAGUAGGAUAGCCGAAAAUUUCUUCUAAUUUUAUCCUCACAAUUAUUGAAUGUCAGAUAUGCUAGAAUUGAGCUAAGCCUUAACAGUAAGGAAGUAACUUUAAUACCCUUAAUCGCAAUUACUCAACUAACAUUGGUAGGUUAGAAAUAUAUGGUAAAAUGUUUGAUUUGAUAGAAAGGAGUGAAUUGUGUUUAUUUUUUUCAUUAUGGAUUUCUGGAAAUAUAGUGAAAGUUAAAAGAUGUACAUUUUCCCACUGAUGAUAUGACACUUAUCCAGUUCCUUGUUAAGAUAUCACCCUUUUUAAGUAGUAGGAGUAGAAUUUUUAAGGUGGAUAUACUUUCUCCAUUCUUUGCUACACAAUAAUGAGUUUUAAUGUAAAGUUGCAUGUUUCUGUCUUGUUUUGAGCUUCACUUUUUCCCCAUCUCAAUAUAUUUCUCUUAAUAAGUCUAUUCUUCAAUGUGGGGAUCAGCUAGAUUUUUUAAAAUAUUGGAUUAGAAUAUUUUGAUUGCUAAUUAAAAUACUUGUUUGGAAUGAGAUACACUUGUUUGGAAUUCUAUGAAUUGAGAUAUUAUCUAGUAAAUAAAAUGUUUAAUUGAUUACAUUUCAUGUUUAAUUGUUAAUUUUAAUUAUAAACAAACCAAGGUGCUCAACAAUCCACCACCCAUGAUUUGUACACCUGAUUACUGUAUUGAAUCAAGGCAAACCUGAUACAUUAUUGCUAAAAUAAAAAAUUUGUGUCCUAAAUAGCCGUAUGUUAUUUACUAUAUAAACCAAAGUAGUAUACUGCUAGAAACAUAAGUGGAAAUCAUGGGAAGUAGCCAAUGCAUCUAAUGACCAAAGUCAAGGAUUGUCAACAAAAUUGUUAGGAAAUACUAGUAACAAUCAAAAGAACGAAUUCGACAGAAAUGUAGUUGUUUUGAUUAUUCCAUAAUCUCAAUUUCAUUUCAAAAUCCAAUGCCAAAAUUUCAUUCAAAACUCAUCGUAACAUAAUACAUAUAACUAUAUCUUAUACCCCAAACCAUACAAUAAUUAAAAAAAUCAUGUUAUUCUACAUUCUCCAAUUUUAACAAUUUUCGUUACUUGUAAAAAUGGAAUAAAAUAACAAAAAUAAUUCAUAAUAAUUUUAAAUUAUACUCCUAUUAAUUAAAUACUAAUAAUAACAUAAUUUAAAAUUUUAAAAUUGAAUUUUAGAAAGAAAUUAGAAAUGAGGACGAUUUUGGGAUUAUGUGAUUUUACUAAAAUUUUAGAACAAAAUAGUAAAUUUUUAGAAAUACUAGUAAUUUCUUAAAAAAAAUAAGCCGGCGCAUGAAUAUGUUGAUACGUGUCGAGCAGCUGAGAACGGCGGCUGAAAUAAGUCUUUAACAUUGAUCUUCGGAGAAACAGGACAAACGCGGGUCAAAUGGUUGCGGCAGCGAUGACGUACUUCCAGUUCCCAAUCCCCUAUUUUAAGCUCACCAUUCCUCAAUUCUGUUCGAUUCAUCACUCAAAUUCUCAAUUCCGCCAAAAUGGGAGUAAACGUGCCCAAAAUCAAGCUCGGAUCGCAGGGCUUUGAGGUCUCGAAGCAAGGCCUCGGAUGCAUGGGUAUGUCCGCCUUUUACGGGCUGCCGAAGCCCGACGCCGAUAUGAUCAAGCUCAUCCACCACGCCAUCGACUCCGGCGUCACCUUUCUCGACACAUCCGACUUCUACGGUCCCCACACCAACGAGAUCCUCAUCGGAAAAGCUUUGAAAGGGGGGGUGAGGGAGAAAGUGCAACUUGCUACUAAGUUCGGGGUAAUGUACCGGGAUGGGAAGCGUGAGGUACGUGGUGACCCAGCUUAUGUGAGGUCAUCAUGUGAGUCGAGCUUGAAGCGUCUUGAUGUGGACUGCAUUGAUCUCUAUUAUGUCCAUCGAAUUGACACCAGUGUGCCCAUAGAAGUCACUAUGGGAGAACUCAAGAAAUUGGUCGAAGAAGGAAAGAUAAAAUACAUAGGCCUCUCAGAGGCAUCUGCUUCAACAAUUAGAAGGGCUCAUGCUGUUCAUCCAAUAACUUCCCUUCAAAUCGAAUGGUCAUUGUUUUCAAGAGAUGUAGAAGAAGAAUUGAUUCCUACAUGCAGAGAACUUGGUAUUGGAAUUGUCCCAUAUAGUCCACUUGGACGCGGCUUCCUUUCAGUAGGUCCAAAGCUGCUAGACGAGGCAUCAGAGGGUGACUUUCGCAAGUCCUAUUUUCCGAGGUUCCAGGGUGAAAAUCUUGAAAGCAACAAGAUCAUAUACGAAAAGAUUUGUGAAAUGGCUACAAGUAAAGGUUGCAGCCCAUCCCAAUUGGCGUUGGCUUGGGUUCAUCACCAAGGAGAUGAUGUGGUUCCUAUACCCGGCACCACCAAGAUUGACAAUUUCAACGACAAUGUAGGAGCACUCUCUGUGAAACUAACUCCAGAAGAGAUGAGCCUUCUAUCUUCUUUGGCUGAGAAUGUCAAAGGAGACAGAUACAUAACCAUGGCGAGCACAUGGACUAACGCAGACACGCCCCCGUUGGAAUCGUGGAAAGCCGAGGGAAAGAUAAAAUACAUAGGCCUCUCAGAGGCAUCUGCUUCAACAAUUAGAAGGGCUCAUGCUGUUCAUCCAAUAACUGCCCUUCAAAUCGAAUGGUCAUUGUUCUCAAGAGAUGUGGAAGAAGAAUUGAUUCCUACGUGCAGAGAACUUGGUAUUGGAAUUGUCCCAUAUAGUCCACUUGGACUCGGCUUCCUUUCAUUAGGUCCCAAGGUGCUAGAGGAGGCAUCAGAGGGUGACUUUCGCAAGAGCGCCUAUUUUCCGAGGUUCCAGGGUGAAAAUCUUGAAAGCAACAAGCUCUUAUACGAAAAGAUUCGUCAAAUGGCUACAAGUAAAGGUUGCAGCCCAUCCCAAUUGGCGUUGGCUUGGGUUCAUCACCAAGGAGAUGAUGUGGUUCCUAUACCGGGUACCACCAAGAUCGAAAAUUUUAACGACAAUAUAGGAGCGCUGUCUGUGAAACUAUCUCCAGAAGAGAUGACCCUUCUAUCUUCUUUGGCUGAGAAUGUCAAAGGAGAAAGGCUCAUAACAACGGUGCACACAUGGAAAGACGCAGACACGCCCCCGUUGGAAUCGUGGAAACCCGAGGGUUGAUAUGCAUGACUGCACCUGCUCCUUCCAUGCCCCCAAUAGUUCUUGUACUAUAUUAAUUACUUGAAAAUCUAUCCUUAUUCCCUUUUUGUUUGUUUGUGAGAGGUAAUGGCUAGUUUGAAUAAUGCUUCCAAGAUAGUUUGAUAUGUAUAUUUGUGUGAACUUUUUCUAUAAGAUGGUUCUGUGUUACCUGCCAUCUUGUUGUAUCUUAAACUGUUACCUAAAAUCUCUUUUUGAGACCAAAUACGCAGUUUCUCUAGGAAAUAUAUCGAGUGUCAUAUUUAGGAUGCAUUCUGAAUGUAUUGAAUUCACAAUUUUAUACUCAUUUUUGUUUUUGGUUAUUUAUUUUUACUUA